AUGACGGCAAUGCACAAAAUGUUUCUGCGGUCCUCAAAUCGGUCCACAAUGGGCGACUUCAAUCAUCUCUUUUCGCCUUGCUUUCCAACUAAUUUCACAACAAGCUGGAAUCACGGUGGCAAGAAUUGGACAGUUUUUCAUGGUUCUGAAGGUCUUCAAUCCCUUUCCGGGAACGUCUUCAAUGCGUGCUUCGAGAUCGCCGUGAAGGUGAUAACUGAGUGUGAAUUAGGUGCCAAUUGGACAAAGGAUCUGGGAAACCUAAAACAAAUGGAGAUACAGGCGACUUCCUACAUGUGUUCGAAGACAGAAGAAGCGGGUGAAUUUCUUAUAAACAGGCCAGCUGACGGUCGAGUCCCAGUCCGGUGGUAUUUCGACGCUGCUAGGAGGGCCUGUUCCACCCCACUGUCAGGGCGGCCAUUCUUGUGCAUGGAAUUAACUUACAUAUCUGCCCUCCUCUCCCAUGGAUUCGACCUCCCAAUGGAUAAAUACCUCAAUUUAAACCGAACAAUCGGCAACAUUGAGGUCGGUUGGCCGGUGGGUUUCCUGGUGGACAUCCUUCUGCGUUGUUUUUGA